AUGUCAAUCCCUCGAGAGAUUCCUCGCGUAGUUCUAUCAAGUACACCACAUGUCGAUGCUGCCGAGUUUCGAUCUUAUGUGUCAAGAAUGGCUCCUCUGUAUGCACAACUUCAUCGACUGAAAGAAAACGAAGGAGAAGCUACACCCCGAGUGGGUGAUCCUAUCACCUCUCCCACUCCUACUUCUCACAAUUAUUACUCCAAAGAGCGAGGCGGUAAUUUUGAUCGCAAGCUUCGUCAUGAAGUGCCUCCCUUGGCCACUGUUCCUGAUGUAUAUUUCGACCAAAACUUCCAGUUAGAGAAUCCACGAAUCUUCCGGGUAGUUAGUGAGCACUCUGAGAUUACAUCAGAGUGGUCACGCCAAGGCAAGACGAGCGGCGGGAGUGUCCUUUUGCCGAAGAAGUCCAUCGCGACAAACGCCAUUCUUCAGGAGAAGCUAUCAUGGUAUAUGGACAUAGUGGAAAUGCACUUGGCCAACUCCAUCUCAAUAGCUUCAACCACCGCUUUCUCCGUUCUCGGUUCUUUGAAAGAACUGCACACCGAAGCGGCACAAUCGGCAGAAAGGAUAGCAUUGCUCCGCAAUGAUCUAUCUUCUUUGCAGCAUGAUAUAAGGACAAAAGGACUGGUGCUAUCGCAGAAACUCCGAGUACACCGGGACAUCCGACAUUUUCAUGACGCCGUGCUACAAUUACAAUGUAUCUUGGACAGAGUUUCCUCCUGCAAGUUGCUCGUUGAUGAAGGACAGGUUGAGAAGGCCCUGGAUGAGUUCGAUGCCGUUGAGUCCCUGAUGGCUGGUGAAUAUAGCCAAGCUGCCAAAAACCAGGUAUCAUCCGAUAUACAGCUUCAGGAUAUACGCAAGGCCAUACCUUCCCAAGGCGUCUCCAAUGAACUGGCAGUGUUGAGAUCCCGGGUUGCAAAAGUCUUUGAAUCCAGAAUUCAUUCUACACUCAUUCAGGACCUUCAACGUCAUAGCCAAUUUGGUUCAAAAGAACAAGUUCUUCUUGCUUGGGAUGCGAAAUCGCGAAGUGCUCAAGGAGUUUACGGGCAGAACCCUACAGCCUUGUUGGUCAAUACAGAUCGUGCGAAUGACUUGCGGGCAGCACUCUUGCCUAGCUUGCUCGGACUGCACCGAUCGGGAUCUAUAACGACGGCCUUCAAGGCUUAUAGACAAUUAGUCCUCUUAGAGAUACGCAAUGCGCUACGAAUCGUUCUUCCAAAUUCGACCGAUAAUACUAGCUCCGACACAUCAGCGUCAAUUAAUAUUCGGUUUAGUGCUUGGACUACAGAAAGGCCGUCUGUCUUUGCUCAGAACAUCCAGGAUCUCGGACCAGCAGAUGCUGAGGAGCUCUUUUCUUCGCUUUUCACCACUGUGGUAGAGAUCUUGCGGAGUCUGAAACGUCAAUCCAGUAUCCUUUUAGAUAUCGCAUGUUCUACUGAGACUUCUGUUUCUGAUGACCCCGCCACUUCUCUCACCAAUCGAACGUCGAUUAUCUAUCGGAGUUCAGCAGAGAUAGAUUCACGCGUUGGAAUACAGGAAGAGAUACAUAUUGCACUUGACCUCCCUAACCUGCUGAUCCAUGGAGCGGACAUCGGCCACGAAAUGAUCUCCAUGGUUCUUCGUGUUCGAUCUGAGCAGAUAACCACCUUGCCGUUAGACUACUUCAUCCGCCACUAUACUCUGAGUCUCUUGUUUCUCAACGAAUGCGAGUCAACUUCGGCGCAAGCUGGCGCGCCUCUACGGACUUUAAUUGACAGCCAAGUUCGAGACUUCAUUCAGGCCCAUGGCGCCAGAGAGAACCAAUUACUUACCCAGGCCAUGAGCUCCGAUACGUGGCGAGAUGCAGAUUUCACGCCGGAGAGCAAUGAAAUUCUUCAACAAGUUCUGGAUUGCAGCGUUUCAGAUCCGCCAUCGUGGACACAGAUGAGCAGAAUUUGGGCGCCAAUACCCAAGGAAGGGGUCCAUCUAGAAGACGGUACAGAUGAGAGCCGUGCACCAGGAGAGAUCCGGGGCGCCAGUAUUGAAGCGGAGACAUUCUUACUCCCUUUGUCUGCUACAACCUGCUUGGAAGGCGUACUUAACUUCCUUCGCCUCGUAUCCGGGAUUGAAUCCAAGGCGCCAGAAGUGGCUUUAUGUCUGAUUUCGUAUCUGCAAUUGUUCGACUCCAGCUGUCGCCAACUUAUCCUUGGCGCGGGCGCCUUAACAUCAGCUGGUCUCAAGAAUAUUACAGCUACUAAUUUAGCACUCGCGUUCCAAGCAUUGUCAUUCAUUUCGACUCUUAUUCCGCGUAUUUCUGGAUUCGUCAGUCGUCAUGUACCUGCAGGGCCAGCGAACGAGGCUAUAGAGAGUCAGUUCGAAAAGGUUCACCACGCUUUCGAAGAGCAUAAAGAUUCCAUCUUCCGUAAGUUGAUUGGGAUUAUGGAGUCUCGGGCAAUCUCUUAUUCUAAGAGAGCCCGGGAGAUUGCCUGGGAGGGUGAGACACAGCAAGAUGUUCGCAAAUACAUGGUGGACCUGGUUGGCGACACGAGCAGGCUAUACAAAGCUAUCAGGACGGUAUUCAUCGAGGUCGUCGUGGAAGAAGUGAGCGGUCGUAAAUGUAUGGUCAAAGAUAUCGAAUAUCUUGAUGGAAAGCUGGGCAAGAUCCCUGGGUUUGGCGGCCUGGGCCGGUAUCUUAUUGAUAUCGUCAAGAGUAAGGGCAUUUAG